AUGUACCACUUUGUCGACCUCAGUCGUGAGCAGAGGCUGGAUCGCCGUCACCUGCUCGACUUUUACGGACUAGUAGCGCAAUUCUCGGUCCUCGUCCCCGUGGCCGGUGUGAUUCUAGCGUAUCUCGCCUCCAAGUGCUUGUUGUACCUCAACAACAACAAGUCGACACCAGAAUCGCCCAGCUCGCCGCGUAUCAAAGCUGCACGACGUUUUUGGGACUUUAGUAGUAUCCAGUCGAGAUGGCGACGAGUCUUGUGGUGGAGUACGACUCCUGUUCAUAUAUGGGGAUUCCUUCUUGGUACGAGGGGAGAGAUUCUAGGCGCCAUAGCGUGGACCGGAUGGCUGCUAGCGCUAUCAGUGCUUGAUACUGGAGAAGACUAUCUUCACCUCACCAAGAGGUUGGGCACAAUUGGUGCCUCACAGCUUCCUUUCCACUACCUUUUAUCGCUCAAGUCGCCCUGGUCCCCACUCUUGCUCUUGACAGGAUAUUCGGAAGCAACCCUGCUUUCGAUUCACAAAGCCUUGGGAAGGAUUAUCACGGGAUUCUUUUGGCUUCAUGCGAUUCUCUAUCUCAAUUUUUACGUCUUCAAGUCUUUGCUGCUCGAAAAACUCCAGGAGUCAUAUGUUCUUUGCGGGGUAUUCGGUAUCCUAGCAUUCUCGAUCGUGACCACGACGUCCUUGUCAGUGCUGAGGACGUGGAGCUAUCGCGUAUUCUACUACACGCACGUCUCUCUCGCAUCGAUACUAUUACCCGUCCUAUACUUCCACGUCGAACACAUUCGGCCAUUCAUCUACGAGACGGCAGCGAUUUACGCGAUCAAUGUACUUUUACGAUAUUUCGCGAGCACAACUUACAUGGGAACGAUGCAGCGGGUGGAAGGGGGGAGGGGGAGUAGUAGUAAUCUCAUUGAAAUCAGUAUUCCUCUCGGCAAAGGUGGUGGUGGUGGUGGUGCUGCUGCUGCGAUGAAAUGGCAACCGGGACAGCAUGCAUACAUUUCGCUGGCGGGUCAUCCGUUUCUACGCACAUUUCGAAGCAAUCCUUUUACGCAGGCUUCGCUUCCGUUGGUGGACAAUCGAUUGCGUUUCAUCGCGCGCAUCAUGGAUGGUAAUACGGCGAGACUGGCACGAAGCAUUCGGGAUGAUGCGUUGUCCUUUUCGGUCGAAGGCCCUUAUGGAAUAGGGACUCACUCGGCCACACUGCUCCGAUAUGACAGAGUGCUCUUUGUGGCAGGAGGUGUUGGGGCGACGUUUGUGGUGCCGCUGUACAGACAAUUACUCGCGGAUUUGUCGCCUUCCAAAGGCAGCUACCGGCGACAAAAGGUCCGCUUCGUCUGGGUGGCGAGAAGCCUUGCAGAUGUGACAUGGGCGUUGCCCGUGGAGUCGAAGGAGAGAGAUGGGUUUGUGGAAAGGUUGAGCGUGCAUGUCAGCAGACAGACGGCCGAUAUUACUACUACGUCUUCUACUACAACAGGUACUAGUACCACCGCUACGACGUCACAGGCUCCUGACAGCGGUGCAUUUGUCAUCGACAGCGAUGCAGACGAUGGUCCGGAGGAAGAGGGCAUUGAGCUUGAUGAGCAGAAGGAGUUGCUACAAGGACAAGGAAACAGUGCGAACACGUCGACGGAAUUCUCAUGCAACAUGGAAGUGAGCAGUGGACGUCCCAACGUCGUGCGUGUGGUUGAUCAAGUUUUCUCUCACGGCGGCACCGAAAGCGUCGCGAUCGUGGCAUGUGGACCGCGAUCGCUGAGCCACCAAUUGCGGAAGAGUGUUUCUCCGUGGGCGCAGAAGGGUAGAGAUGUGUGGUUUUGGGAUGAGUCGUUUGCGAUUUAG